UCUUGCAAGGAAAUCAAGUGGCUGUAUGGUUAUGAGGGCAGCAUCGUUUUCACCGAAAACAAAGAUCACAAGGGUAAGACCUUUAAUCCCUUAAGUGCAACAGUCGAGACCUUGUUGGGUACUGGCCAUGAAGGAACCGCUGAUGGAACUGAAGAAAGCUGCUCAUUUACAUAAGUUCAUGCAAUCUGUUCCUUGCAGAACACUAUUUUUUUUCUGAUAUAGCUGCUAGAACAAUCAAACUAGUUUCGGGGCUUACUGACACAGUGUCCUUUCUUCGCAACGUCGGAUGUCUUCAUGAUAGUUUUGGAAUUGGUGCACGUACGAUCGACGCGGUCCAAUUAUCUCUUCAAGAUGCUGUGUGCAAUGUUUCAUCUGUAAAUGCUUAUAUUAAAAACACAGUCGCUGAAGUAAGGCAGUACUAUAAAAUGAAAGAAACGGCAGCAACAGAUGGCCCUGAAGGAACUGUUUCCAGCAAAACACAGGAGUCAUUGGUACUUCUCGAACGAGGUACGGAACAGCUACGAGAUAACGUUAAGAAUGUAAACGAGGACUAUCUUGGUGACAUUGACCUGUGUACGCUGUUAACAACUCAGGUGGAGAACCUUCAUGCAGUCUCCCACUCAUCGCGUAGAAUGCCUAUUGUUCUCGGGACAUUUACUUGCAGUAGCGAAAAAAUUAUAGAUCCGUAAUAUUAGCGGCGAAAGAUAUUCUGGAGAGCUUUGAUUGGUCAAAGAUUACGCGCUUAUUCCUCCUCAGGGAAUAAUGCUUAAGCUCAUUAACUUGUCAAGGCGGAGCUACGAAACAAUAGCUUAGAAAGUUAUUGUUUAUGCUAUUGUUAGAAGAAUAUCACACAUUACGUGCGCGUGUUACAACCUGGAAUAGCGUUCGAUUUUGAGACCGUUCGUUACAUAUUCAUCUAUUUCUUCAUCUUACUCAGUAAACACUUUGGUUCUAUCACUACCCGUUUAGGAUUUGAUUUUCAUUGGAAAAAUUUACCUGCACAAUUUUUCUAAAAUAGAAAGGAGGUUAUGAGGUCUGUAGGUCACUCUGACACUUGUUUCUUUGAAACGAAAUAAAAGUCACACACGAGGCAGCCGGUAAAAGAGAGCAACUCACGUGCCCUCUGUCUACUCCUCGUGUUUCAGCUGCCGGCUGGUUGGUUCCCGUGCAGGUUCUCUUUGUUUGCGUCUCACAAGCUUUUAGUUCGCCUUUUUCCUUUGGGGAGAAAAAGACUGCUACACGGGGUAGCAAAAAAAUUUGUCUUACUUCUGUUCACGCGCUUUAUUUGCAUUCUACUAUCUUCGCUAACCAAAGGUAAAGUUUUCAUUGUUUGGUGAUGGGGGAGGCCUAGCGGCCUCCCUAUAAUGUCUACUGAUUAUCAGUCGACAUGGCCCUUUGGAGUCAAAGCUUCCAAAAACUUUUUACCCCAAAGGGCAUUUUGUUCUGCUUUUCAGUAUGCUCAAGUAUUUGGAAGUCUUAUUAUCCAGUGCCCAAAUCCGGUGUGGAGUUACGGGACGUAGAUUUGAUGAAACCUCCUCCAGCUGGUAACGUUGAUCCCAACAUUGAGGCAGCCAUGAAGGAACUAGUUGACAGGUAUCGACCUGUCAGGCAAAGGACGGUAAGACAAAGCGGGAGCCCUGCCGCUGGCUGUAUAUUCCAGUACGUCAUCGUGUACUAGAGUAACAUUCCAAGAGGAUGUUCAAGACGAUCCAGGGACAGGCAAUAAAGAACGAGUCGACCAGGAUACAAAUAUUCCACGAGCUACAAACGAAGUACCGAGAAUCACCUUUGUUGACAAAAGCAUGCUCAGAGUUGUCGCAGUUGGUGGCGUGACAGACCUGCCCGAGCAAGAGGAUGAAUUCGACACCGACUCGGAGAGCGAUGCGGACAAUGAUACAGACAUAACGUUCAGCAGAUUUGGUCGCACCACCCGCGCUCAUUUCCGCCUUGAACUCUAG